GUGCAAAGUGAAUUUCCAAUGUGUUCGUGGGUAUACCGCUGAUUUUCGUACAUAUUGUUUUCAAUUUAGUUUCAGUAUAUUGAGAACAUUUGGCAAAAUUUCAAGCGAACAUCUGUAGAAAGUUACUAAAACAAAUCGAUGAAGUGCUAUUACGAAGAAUUGGGGGUUGCACGCGAUGCAACUGAUGGUGAUAUAAAGUCUGCGUAUCGCAAAUUGGCAUUGCGUUGGCAUCCAGAUAAAAAUCUCAAUGCGCUAGAUGAAGCUAAAGAACGUUUCCAAUUGAUACAACAGGCUUAUGAAGUUCUGUCUGAUCCACAGGAACGGGCAUGGUAUGAUAAUCAUCGCGAUCAAAUAUUGCGAGGCAAAAAUUCUGACUACACUGAAAAUUGUUUGGACGUUUUUGAAUAUUUCACAUCUUCUUGUUACCGUGGAUACGAAGAUGACGAAAAGGGUUUUUAUGCAGUUUAUCGAGAGGUGUUCGAGAAGCUUGCUGCAGAAGAUGCUGAAUUUAUGGAUGAAGAUAGUGAAAUCGAGAAUAUUCCAAGCUUCGGUGAUUCGAAGAGCAACUAUGAGGAAGUGGUUGCACCUUUCUAUGCCUAUUGGCAGUCAUAUUGCACAAAGAAAUCAUACACAUGGCUUUGUCCAUACGAUGUUAAAGACAUAAGGGAUCGUCGAAUAUUGCGUGAGGUUGAAAAAGAAAUGAAAAAGGUUGUGCAAAAGGCGCGAAAAGAGAGAAAUGACGAGGUGAAAAAUUUGGUGUCAUUCGUACGCAAACGAGAUAAACGUGUGCAAGCAUACAAAAAAGUACUAGAGGAACGAGCUGAACUUAACCGUAAAAAGCAAGAGCAGAAUAGAUUGGAGCAAAUACGAAGGCGACAACGUGAGGUGGAAGAGAUGCGUCAAAAUCAAAAGCAGAGCGGUCAAAAUAACGAUGAGUAUGAGACACAAUUGAAGCAGUUAGCACAAGAUUAUGGUGACAGCAGCGCUGAAGAAGAAAGCGAAAGUGAGUGUCAGGAAGAAGGAGAAAAUGAAGAUGUUGCACUAGAGUCUGUAGACGAACAAUUAUAUAUGGAUGAUCUGUAUUGUGUAGCUUGCAAUAAAGCAUUUAAGAACGAGAAUGCGUAUGCAAAUCAUGAAACGAGCAAAAAGCACCGGGAAGCCUUGGAACGUAUGAAACUCGAAAUGCAAGCUGAAGAAGAAGCUUUUCUAAACAGUAAUGAUAGUGAAGAACAUAGUCUAGAAUUAGAGGAUAGUGAAAUUGAAGAAUUAGACGAUGAUAAUUCUAUAGAUGAUAACGCGUUUGAAGAUAUAUCCGAAGAAAGUGAGUUAUCUGGAACUGUUCAAGAAGAAUUGAAAUCCAGUGAAGAAAAAUUAUUGGGUGAUUUUAAAUCAAAGAAGAAUAAAAAGACACGAAAAAAUAAUAAACACAAUAAAUCUUUGCCGCAAACAACCUAUGAUGACGACGAAGAAACGUUACCAUCCGAUUUUCUGGCUCAAGCGAAAUUAGAGAGUGAUGAAGAGGACUGGAAUAAUAAAAGCAAAAAAUCGACUCGAAAAAAUAAAAAGCAAGGGAAAAAGACUAUUGUGGAAGAACUAGAGACUAAUUCUUUAAAAGUAGAUGCUAAAAUAAUAGACAAAGCGAAUGCGACGGUUGUAACUGUUAAAAGUGAUGAACCUAUUCCAAAACAUGUACCUAAGGCAAAAGAAACAUCCGCCAGCAUAAAGGAGAAAGAAAAUAGCACAGAUUCGUCUGCAACAUCACACGUGUGUGUCACCUGCCACGCAAAUUUUCAGUCUAAAAAUAAGCUCUUUGCUCAUCUCAAGAUCACCAACCAUGGGGUCUACAUACCGAAAACCAAGACGCAAGUAAAUGCAACAGCACCGGACGGCAAAAAUAAAAAGAAUAAAGGAAAACGAAAGUAGACCCAAAUUAAUUUUAAAUUUAUAGACGUGUAACUUCUGUUCAUGGAAUCAUUCUUAGAUGUACUAUUUAUCUAUGCUAAUUAAUUGAACAUUUAAUUUAAUUUUUGAAUAUUUAUUGUGUACUUGAAAAAUAUACGAAUAUAAUUCGGUGCUCUGUUUUGUAGAAAAAGGUUUGUGAAUAUGUUUUGAAUUAAUUAGUAUAAAUAUUUAAAAACAAUGUUCAGUAAAUUUACGGGAACUCAACACAGCCAAUAAACGAGAUAUUUUUAAAACGUUUUAAA